AUCUAAAUGCUUUUGGUGUCUCUCACCUUUUCUGUUUCUCCCUACAGGUGGUGUCUUUGGUGCAGCUGCUGAGCGACCCCUUCUACCGGACUGUGGAGGGUUUUCAGGUGCUGCUGGAGAAAGAGUGGCUCUCCUUUGGCCACAAGUUCAGCCAGCGGAGCAACUUGAGUCCCAGCAGCCAGGGCAGCGGCUUUACACCCAUAUUCCUGCAGUUCCUGGACUGCGUGCACCAGAUUUUGGAGCAACAUCCUCUGGAGUUUGAGUUUAAUCAGUAUUAUCUGAAGUUCCUGGCCUAUCAUCACAUCUCUAACCGCUUCAAGAACUUCCUGUUGGACUCUGACUAUGAGCGCUUGGAACAUGGCUUGUUGUUUGAGGAUAAAGGUGAUAAACAGGCCCGCAGAGGCAUCUGUAUCUGGGAGUGCAUCAACUUGAUGCACAGGAGGAGCCCCAUCUUCCUCAACUAUCUGUACAGCCCCUCGGAGAGCGAUGUGAUCCUGAAGCCUUCGAUCAGCAUCCCCAGCCUGAAUAAAUGGGACUUCUUCACGGAUGAGACUCUGUCGACGGGGCCGUGUUACGACUGGAGGAUGACGGCUGUGAGGUUGGACAGCUUAGAGGAGGCGGACACCAUCUCCAACAGUAAGAGGAGGAUCGUGUGGCCGUGUUACAGCAGCGUGAGCCGCGCCCAGCCUGAUGCCAUCACCAAACUACUCUCUGACAUCGAGAAGCUGGAGGGUGAGCUGAACCAGGCCCCCGAGAAAUGGCAGACAACUCUGGAGAGAGUCAGAAUCAGCAUUCAGGAGGACCUCAUGCAAGAAGGAAAUCUCCGUAAACAGUCCGUGUCCAUCUCAGGCCUCAUUCCCACAUCCGGCCUGCAGGCCUUCCAGCGGCGCUCCAUGCUGCACCUGCCAGACGGCGGGCUGAGUGAAGACCGCAGCACCACCGCGGCCAACGGGAUCAACCGCCGCGCUGCAACACUUUACAACCAGUUCACCCCCAAGAGCGAGGAGAAUAGGUCUUAUGAGGGGAUCCUCUAUAAACGUGGAGCGCUGCUGAAAGGCUGGAAACCUCGCUGGUUUGUAUUGGACAUUACAAAACACCAGCUGAGGUACUACGACACCGGAGAGGACACAAACUGCAGAGGCCACAUCGAUCUGGCAGAGGUGGAGUCCGUGGUGAUCGCCGCCCCGACUAUCGGUGCUCCCAAACAUAUCAGCGAAAAGGCUUUCUUCGACCUGAAGACCAACAAGCGGGUCUACAACUUCUGCGCCUCAGACGCACCCAGCGCUCAGCUGUGGAUGGACAAGAUCCAGAACUGCAUCUCUGACGCCUGAGCUGCGAAACUCGGAGACUGAACACUGAGAUAUUAGCACCGCGAACGUUAGAGGCGGCUGAGAGCAGAGACGUCACAGGCGCUCGACUCAGCUUUCAGAUGUCUUAAAAUUCGGGGGACCACAGUGAAAGUGCCUGUAUACUGUCCAUCCACCUCUGCCUGAUUCUUAGCAGCUGGUCAGGCUGUCAUCACUCUGUUUCGGCUGGAGUCACACGCACUCGUUUCUGCGUUCAGCUCCCUCCUCUGUGCCUCCUACAGGGAUGAAGUAAAGAUAAGCUGAUGUUUUAGGGGACUGCACUACCAAGGAAAUGUUAUCCUAUUUAAGCUGUAAAUAGAUCAAAGCAAUAUCACUGGCCAUUCAAACUGUGGGUUCAGUUUUAGACUUCAAAUAUCCUAUAAAAAUUUCUAUCACAUAUUUUACUACGAGGAAAGGUUAUUGCUGCUUAAAGAAACGUAUGAACCGCCAAAAACUCAGAGAUUUUGAUGCACAACACGACAAAGCAAUUUGUUUGCACUUAGCUCAAACGUAUGCACUCCUUAUCAAAUAUAGAUUUUCUAAAAGAGGCAGACAGUCGAGGCUAAAGGCAUUACUUUGCAAUGUACAUACGACGUUUCUUCAAGACAGAUUAAAUGAAAAGAAUUUGCACAGUGAGUUCAAGCCUGACAUUUUUUUUCUAUUUAAAUAAGUGACGUUUGCUCUAUUUUGUUAAAUGUUUAUUGACUUCUGGAUAACACAUUUGUCUCAUGUAAUGUAAAUUAUUAUUUUUUAUUAAAAGUGUAACUGUGUAAGUGUGGUGGCUUCAUGUUUUCCUGUAAAUACCUGUGACAUUUAAUUUUAUAUACUGUAUGUACUGAACAUGAAUAUACUUUUCUAACCUUAAAUCUAAUGUGACCAACAAGUCUUUUUUUUUUCUUUUUUUUAAAUGUGUCGUUUACUGGUGCAAAACCUGAGUGGCCUGUUCUGUUUGUGAUGAAACAUUGUUCUGAAAGUGAAAUGGAGUCUCUUUUUUUAGUUGCCCAGGCAAGCCUUGUGUCUUUUAAGGGCUUUUUAAGAAGUAAAAUAUAUCAUGUAGGUCAAUGUGGUUUUCAGAGAUCCUUGUCUCACCUGUUCUGUUUGUGCAGCAUACAGUUUCAUUAAAAAAGAAAGAAAAACACAAAUGAAACUAUUGAAAGAUGUCAGAGGCUGUAUCUUACGUUACUGUAUCUUUGUACCAUGUUUUGUGGUGACACUAAUUUUUUGGAAAUAAAUCAAACACACUUGAAACUA